AUGGCAGCAGCAGCUCCGUCCUUGACUAUGGCGAAAUUGGCAGAAGACGAGCACCACACCAUGAAUGAUCUUUCAGGCGUUAGACAUAAGACGAAAAAGUUGCUGGCAGGUGCGAUCUCGGGAAUGAUAUCAGCGUUGGCAUUUCAACCCUUGGAUGUGCUUCGGACGCAUCAACAGGGCGCCUUUACGGCGCACGCGGAGUCUACAAAAACGCUGGCAGGAAAACCUUAUAUUUCACCACCCGAAACUAUAACAUCGUCAAUACCAUCCAGUAAUUCCAUAGCGAGGCUUCGGUAUAUGUGGCGGGGCACGUCACCCACUCUCGUUCGCGUGGCUGGCGGCGCCGGGCUCUACUUUGCUACGCUGGAUUACUGCCUUAAUAUGUUUCCUCCGACUGCAGUCAACACAUUUUUGGCCGGAGCCUUUGCGCGUACGUUUGCAGGCGGUUUAAUGUCACCAUUCACUAUUAUCAAGGCGCGGAUGGAAUUCUUGCCGCCUCGUACCUUCAACGGCAACCUGCAUUUAGUGCGCAAUGUGCUGCACCACGAAGGUUUUCGUGGACUGUAUCGCGGCAUGAUACCCACUCUGAUUCGUGACGUACCAUUUUCUGGACUGUAUGUUCUUAUUUACACUCGUCUGCGGGAUUUGUGGACAGAGAAAUUUUCUCAUCUACCAGUGUAUGGCGUGCACUUUAGUAGUGGCGUGGUAGCGGGCGUACUUGCUACAUCCAUUGUGCAUCCGGCUGACGUGGUCAAGACACGCAUGCAACUGGCCAUUAUGGUCAAUACAGGUGAAGGAAUAGCUGCUUCUGCGUUAAACUCACUUACAAUGCGACAGACGGUAUCCAAGAUCUAUCGUCACGAGGGCUUACGCGGCUUUGCUAAGGGCAUCAUACCGCGUGUUGUCAAGCGAACGCUGUCUACUGCAGUCACAUGGACAAUCUACGAGCAGCUGUCUCUUAGCUCAUCGGCCUUUACCGCGUUAUGA